GUAGAAAACGUCAACAAUAAUCCACUAACAUGGCGCCAGUCGAUUUCACUGGGACUUGGAAGGCGGAUAGAAGUGAAAACUUUGAGGCGUUCUUGAACAAAGUUGGUGUUUCAUACUUUAUGAAAAAAAUAGCAGUCAAUACUCACCCUACUUUGGUUAUGGACCAGAAGGAAGACAACUUCAAGGCUAAAUUCAGCAUGGGAAUUAUUUCAAAGGAAAGUGCCUUUACCAUAGGGAUAGAAAUGGAUUUUGACGAAUUCAAGAAGAAAAUGAAGACCACUCCUGCUUGGGAGGGGUCCAAGCUGGUAUUCCAUUGCGUUCCGGUAGACGGCGACGGCGACUCCGUUAUCAUGACCAGGGAGAUCGUAGACGGGGAGCUGGUGCAGGAAAUGACUUGUGGCGAAGUGACUGCGAAAAGGAUUUUCAAGCGUGUUGCAUGAU